AUGGAAACACUCAGACCAGCGGAACCAAACUUCUCAAUGCACCAGUUCUCGAGGAGGUUUGGAGACAUUGUGAUUCAUUUUGCCAUCCUAAAGAUGAAAGAUAACUUCUUCCUGUGGAUCGGCACGGGAAGGGCCACUAUAGGAAACCUCUCAGUUGCCAUGGCAACUGGCUUUGGCAAGACCUCUACAAGCACCUCACUUCUGGGCGAUCCGACGGACCUCACCUCGAGCUCCUUGGCUUCCAAGCUAUCGCAGAAGACUGGAUGUCAGGUGUUUGUUAGCUACAACGUCAGCAGUGUUGAUUCGGCGGUUGUAAACUUUGUGCACGAGACUGUCGUCGAGGAAUUCGCAGUUCACCCAGAGAAGUUCAAAUGA